UGACUGGGAUUUCCUUGACGCAAGUCUAGGCUGUGUGUUGAAAGCUUUGAAAUGAACAUACUCCUCGGAAAUUGUGUGGGCAGCUGCGACCAGUUGGCGGGUCCGCCGCCGGACUUCAUCCUCUCGAUGCCGCCGCCACCGCUGCCGUCCUUCCUGAUCUCGAAGCCGGCGACCGUGGACAUCCUGGUGCCCUCCAAUGAGUCCCAGCCGUGCUUCGCCGCCUUCAUGUGCGGCCACGGGAUGCAGCACAACGAGAGCGGCAACGCGCUGAUGGAGCUGGUGAGGAGCGACUCCAAGAGCCUGGAGAACGUGUGGCUCUUCGUCUCGUCCUGCAUUGGGAUAUUCGUGUUCGGCUGCUUCCUGGCCCUCAUCGUGAUCAGAUGCAGAGACAGCUCCUUCUUUUCGUACCACGACGCCAACAUCAAGCAGACGGCCAUCAACGCCUUGGGCGAGGCCACCAAGUCGAACGCCUUCACCUCCGGCGGAAUCCUCUAUCCCUGCGCCACGGCCAACAGCCGGGACCUGCUCCAGAGCCAACUGGUCAACGACAGCCGUCUCCUGUGGGCCACCCUGACGCCCCACGGCACCCGGCACUUCAUCAUCGAGAACUCGCAGGACGGGCACUACGAGUCGGUGGACUACCGCGGCAAGUCCCACAGCCAGGUCUUCCGCGGCUACGAGAAGCACUCGCAGUCCUUUGUCAAGUCCUUUGAUAACAAUGGCUUCGUUGACUACGACUACGAGGACCCCACGCCGUUGAUGGACUCCUACCACGAUGAUAUGGACUCCGGAUACCAAGAGCCCCAUGAGGUCACCGGAUCACUGAAACGGUCUGCGCUGCGGACCAUGGACCCAUCAAACGAUACCCCGACCAAUCAGAACGGCAAUUCCAAGUCCAUCAGCCGCAAGACGACGCUCUCCCGUCGCAUUAGCGAUGCCUCCUCCCAGAACGGAACGUCCAUGUAAACGUAAUGUCAAUUGAGGAACACUUGAGUUGCGUCUUGUAUAUUUCAAUUGGAGACACUUGGGAGGAGACCCGGUCAUGUCGUCCACAACAAACUACGGAUGUAGUGAUUACCCGCUGAUAUUUCAGACUAUUUUAAGAGGUGAUGCGCAUGUGUGGGUUUCUGCGGGGAUCACGAGGCAGUUAGUCCGUGGAUUGAGAGAAACUUUCCUAUCUAUCUGAAUAUGAUAAAGACAGUUCCACGAUUCAAUCCAGACCAGAGUCAAGAAAUUUCAAGAAAGAGGAAUCACUUAAUCUCCUCGAUUAUGAAUAUUAGGAAUUUAAAACUGCCGCAGGACUCAAUACCACUUUUACUAUGAAGACCCACGCACAUGCAAUUACUUUUAAGCCUACUAUGGAUUACAUCCGCUAGUGUACUAUAUGCACACAUAAUACUCGCGUCGCUAACAAUUGCUUGUACACACUUCUUUUAUAAAUACUUAACUAUACGUCAGAUAAUCCAACUAACCGCGCAAUUCGAUU